CCGCCACACUCCGUUCCGCUAUCCACCCGAUUCGAUCCGUAUCCCCGGGUUUGCGGUUCGUCUUGAUUGGCGCUAAUAGGAGCUAAUUGUGUAGCUCUGGUGCUGGCAGCUGCUGUGGCGCUUGUUGGCUUGUGAAAACUGACGCGAAACCCGCCUGGUGUGAUUGAUUUGCGCUCUCUCGCUCCGUUUGCUCGGUGGAGGAGAGUAUCGAAGACCACAUACGGACACGAUAGUAGCAGCGUGUGGUUAACGAGGUUUUUUGGCGACGACCGACGUCAGUGUAUUACGUCGUAGCAGCCGGACGUACCGCUGCCACCUGAGCAUCGUAGUGUCCCUCACGAGCAGAGUGAAAGAGAGUGCGCGAUUUGUAUCUUUCGUUGGUGGUGGUAUUGAAGAAAGGAAAGUGUCUAAUCAGGGGAGAGCAUCACCUGCACUACCUUGAUCAUGAAUCAUCUGCAAAUAUCAACCGAUCCGACCCUGCUGGGUGCGGAUCUGUUGCCCGAGUCGCUCACGACCUCGCCAUCGGUGUCGACGUUUCUACCGGAGGAGGACGCUUCGACCUGUCUGCUGCUCCCGGAGACACCGAGUCCACCGUUGGAUUUCUCGCAUCCGUUGACACCGAGUAUGGGUGGUACGGCGACGGACAAUCACACUUCGGUCGCCGGUGACGAUGAUCAGGCGGCGGAAACGAGCAGUUCAUCCGGUUCGUCCGGUAUCGGUAUGGUUGGUACGGUUGGUGCCGGUGCCGGGAAUCUGUUCAGUCACAACACUUAUCAGCAUCUGCGCAAGAAGAGUGACGUCGCGAAGGUGGCGGACGAAGCGAUGCAUCAUGCGGCCAGUCUCGGUAUUGCGGUGACGAAGGAUAUGCCCGGAUUCGUGCACUGGAAUUGGCCGCUGAUACGGAAGUGUACGUUCUUCGGUUUUCUGGGGCUGAUCGUGGCAAUGGUGGGCAUCGUUGUGGCCAUGAUUGCUACCCUGCCGAAGUCCUGUAAUCCACCUGCUGCGUGGUACAAGGGUUCAGUGUUCUACGAGAUCUUCCCUGCAAGCUUCCAGGAUACGAAUGAUGAUGGACUGGGCGAUAUCCGUGGUUUGAUUGGUCGCGUGGAGUACUUCAAAACGCUCGGUAUCGGUGCGGUUCGGUUGAAUUCGAUCUUCCCUUCGAAACACUAUCCGGAUCACUUCCAGGAGGUCACCUCCCUUAUGGACGUCGACAGUGUGCUGGGCAACGUGGAGGACAUUCAGAAGCUGGCGGCCAUGCUGCACGAGCGCAACAUAUCGCUAGUGCUCGAUUUACCGAUCUAUCCGUUCUUGGACCGGCUCAGUCCACCGACCAUCGAUGUAGACCAUCUACCGAACCGUACGGAUGGUGAUGUGGCCACGAGCGAGUUCUUGCGUUUAUCCCGUUCCGCCCGAGCGGCCACCGGAGAGACGAACCCAAUUUCGGAUGUGCUUCGCUUCUGGUUGACGCGUACCGGUGUCGAUGGGUUUUACGUCAAGGGUUUGGAGCACUUUGCGGAUGAUCCACUGCUGGUGGAGAACGUGAAGGAAUGGAAGUAUCUGCUCGGUCCGGACCGUGUGCUGAUGGUGGGCCAACGGUUGGUGGAGCAACUACCGGACCGUACCGUGCACGAUGUACUCGCACAGAUCGAUCUGGUGGAUGUGUUUCUCGACGUAAGCAAUGGAACCGAUGGUAUUGCGAAGAUCGUGCAGGAUUCGAUCCAUGGUCGACUGCUGCGAGGUGCGCUCGAGCAUCCCUGGGUACACUGGAGUCUUGGGAGCGUCUCGGAUCGUCGCCUUUCGUCUGGUCUCAGCCCGAAUGCUACGUUGGCUGCGACAUUGAUGGAACUAACGCUCCCCGGAACGGUCAGCAUCUUUUACGGUGAUGAGAUAGCGCUCGAGGAGGCGCACGAUCCGAAGGAUGAGCACGGUGAUACGAAGCAUCUGCAUCAUCUGGCCGGUAUGGUAUGGGAUAGCGCCCAGAAUCAGUUCACCAGCCGCGGUACGCUUCCGUGGUUGCCGCGUAGUGCGUCCGCUUCAUUGCACCAUCUCGAUUAUGUCAUCGAAGCGAUCGCUCUGCGUAAACGUUCACCCUCGAUCUAUCUGAAUGCGGUCGUUAAGGAGGAUAAGGUGCUACCGAACGCUGAUAUCAAGUCGAACCAGAACGAUAUCCUGAUCGUGCAGCGUUGGUACCCGCGGAGGAACUCGUUCGCAGCGAUCGCUAACCUGGGCCAGAAGCGCAUCUCGCUCGAUCUGACCGCCAUGUUCUACAGUGGAGAGAUCAUUGCCGGCUCGGCAGCGCUCAAGCACGAGCGGGUUUACUUCGAUCGCUUCGAGAUUAGCCCGCUGGAGACGAUUAUCGUGAAGCUGCAUAAGUAGGCGACGACAACGACGACAGGAAAGGGGCGCCUACUUUGACUCCUUUGGAGAAAUGACGAAUGGAACGAUGCUUUUCGUUGCUAUGUUUAGCGAGCUGCUCAGUGGAGGCAUCCCAGUAUGCUUAGUAACCCACCAAUCCCUCCUGGUGUCUAGUGACCCGAGCAUCAUCAUUAUCAUCGAAGUGGAAUUGCGCCAGAAACAGAAAGGACCGAGAACCGAGAGUCCGAGCUAC